UACUCUGAAUUAGGAAUCUCACCACUAAAGCAUUUCUCUCAGCGUGUAAUUGUAGAUUUCCACCAAAGUACAAAUGGUCCUAGUUGGUGUAGCAGGUAUGUUGGAACCACGGAAUACCCAUUAUUCCAGCAUUAUGGGACUAUGUGCUGGCCAUACUGGGCUAAGCAAAAGUCAUAAAAGAGGGUCAUAGUAACUUCAGGUGCCUCAUGGAAAUUGGGAGAAGGUGGUGGAAGUGACUGAAGGAGUUAGGGAAUAAAUAUAAACAUCACUGUGCAGACAGCAUGAGCUCUGUAAAAGUACAAAUGCAAGUAAGAAAUACAGAGAAGGGAGACUUGAUUUAUCACUGAAAACAGUUUGAUAUCAGAGAACCUAAAAAAAAAAAAAAAUUCUUCUUUUAACAAGCAUCUAAUGAGCAUUGACAACGGGUCAGGCCCUCUGCUAGUCAAUGGGGAUCCAGUAGCAAACUGAUAUCGUCCCUUUUCUUGAGCUAACAAGAAUCCUAAUUUUUGUAUGAGAACGGUUAUAACAGAGCAAAUCAUUAAUGGAAAAGGCAAGAUCGGAAAAAGGAUAUGAUUCUGGAGAGUGAGAAAAAUUUAACAACUUUGGCACCAGAUAUGAUGAAUAUAUUUAUUGUUCUGGAAGCUUAUGAUCAGCCAGCUCAUGGGAGACUCCACUGCCCUUAAAUAUGAACCUAUCAAAUUUUACUGAGCUGUGGGUCAAAUCAGUCCAAACAGCCAGGACUAGUUACACAUGUAGAUAUCUGCAAAACUACUUUAUGUGCUGAUUUUUUUAAAAUCAUAGGAAGUGGCUGUUAACGUUCCAUAGAUUUAAAAUAGGAUCAAAAAGAGAGGAGAGUGAGGACGAUCUGGGAAGAUGGGAUGGAGGGGAUGGGAGUAUUGAGAUUUUAAAUGGAGUGUUCAGGGAUAGAACUGGUUAAGAAGGUGAUGUUUGAGAAAACAGUGGAUCCAGUGAAGAAUAUGGAAAUAAGGGUUUGAGACUGCGUGAAGCCAACGUCCCACUCAAUGUUCUGAAUGUCAAUAGUUGAUUCACAUAAAUGCUCACUUGAUAAAACAUUUUCACUUUAAGAGUAGGUUCACAGUUCUUUGAUUAUGAAAUGUGCAGAACUAACUCAUUUUAUUAUGUAAAAAUAAAUAAAUGAGUUUGGGAUUUACACUAGGUAUUUGUUUUCCUUUUCUACCCAAUCUUUAUUUGUUUAUUUAUUUUCUUUUCAGAUAAAUAAAGGAAUUCAUGAUGGGAUUUGAGAAUCACACUUCUGGCAGUGAUUUUAUUCUCUUGGGACUGUUCUCUUCUUCCCAAAUAAGUCUGGUGUUCUUCUCCUUUAUAUGUAUCAUUUUUGUUAUGUCUGUAACAGAAAACACAGUCAUGAUCCUCCUUAUCCGUAGGGACUUACGACUCCAUACUCCUAUGUAUUUCCUGCUCAGCCAUCUCUCUUUCAUGGACAUCUUGCAUAUUUCCAACAUUGUUCCUAAAAUGGUUGCUGACUUCCUAUCAGGCAACAGAACAAUUUCAUUUGUAGGUUGUGGCUUCCAGAUAUUUCUUUCCCUCACUCUCCUAGGUGGUGAGUGCCUCCUCCUAGCAGCAAUGUCCUAUGAUCGCUAUGUAGCCAUCUGUCACCCACUGCGCUACCCCAUUCUUAUGAAUGAGCAUGUCAGUAUUCUCAUGGCUAGUGGGUCCUGGCUAGUGGGGAAAAUCAACUCCACAGUUCACACAGCUUAUGCACUCCACUUCCCUUUCUGUGGCUCAAGGGCCAUGGAUCACUUUUUUUGUGAAGUCCCAGCCAUGUUGAAGUUGUCCUGUGUAGACACAUUACACUACGAAAAAGGUGUUUAUGUAAGUGGUAUCAUCUUCCUGGUCAUCCCUUUUUCUGUGAUCUUUGCUUCUUAUGUGAAAAUUCUCCUUACCGUCCUCCAGAUGAAAUCGUCAGAAGCACAGAAAAAGUCAUUUUCUACCUGUUCCUUCCACAUGAUUGUGGUCAUGAUGUACUAUGGGCCAUUUAUUUUCACAUAUAUGAGACCAAAGUCCUACCACAUUCCAGGCCAGGAUAAGUUCUUGGCAAUAUUCUAUACCAUUCUCACACCUACACUCAACCCUAUCAUCUACAGCUUUAGAAAUAAAGAUGUUCUGGCAGCAAUGAAAACUAUGCUUGAAAGUAGCUUUCUGCCUAACAGAUGAAUGUAAAGAAUGCUUGAAGUCUAUGUUCUCUCUAUUCCCAUAUUCAAAUCUACAGAAGAUCCAUUAUUAGA